GGGCGAAGCAGUUUUGCAAGCUCCUGUGCCGCCCGCUAUCGCAAGCAUUCAACCACAGCGCUCGUGAACGACACGAGCGAUACUACUGAGAAGCAUAUAUUGCCGCUGCACCGCUCUCGGACGCGCCGCGCAAGCAAAACUGCCAGCAGGACAGCCUUGGUAGCAGCACCAGUGCCAUGGCCGACGACUCCCCAGAAGCCCCGGCGCGCGCGUUAGAAAGAGCCGGCAAACUCAAGAAACAGCAGCAGCAAGAAGACGUCGCCGUCGACGUCGCCGCGCUGGAAGAGGAGGACGACCGCGACGACCCGCAGCGGGUCUGGGCGCGCGUCCAGUCGAAUUUGGAGGAGCUGACGCAUCUCGCGCAGAAGCGCCGCGAGGGCGCGACGCGCAGCCGCGCUUCUAUCAUUGAAGAGCUCGCGGCGGACCUCAGCUCGUACUAUGAAUUCCUGCGGGAGCUCGUGGAUCUGUUCCUGACGAUUUUUAGUCCGCACGAGUGCGUCGAGUUCUUGGACGCGUCGGUGAAGCCGCGCCCCGUCGUCGCGCGGUGCAACACGCUCAAGGCGAGGAGGAAGGACGUCGCCGCAGCUUUGGUAAAACGAGGCUGCACCGUCGAGCCCCUCGCGGCCUGGUCCAAGGUAGGUUUGAAGAUCAAUCGGAGUGACGUGCCCGUCGGCGCCACUCCGGAAUAUUUAGCAGGGUGGUACAUGCUCCAGUCCGCUGCCUCCCAAUGCCCGGUCCUCGCCCUCGACCCGAAACCGGGAGAACGCAUCUUGGAGCUGUGCGCGGCGCCGGGCGGCAAGUCGAGCUACUGCGCCCAGCUCAUGAAGAACCAGGGCGUGUUAAUAGCCAACGACCUUAAAAGAGAUAGACACAAGGCGACGACGGCGAAUCUCCACAGACUAGGUGUCAAGAUCGCCGCGGUCGUCUGCCAGGACGGCCGCGCCUUCCCGGGCGUCAUGGGCGGUUUUGAUCGGGUGCUGCUGGAUGCGCCCUGUACGGGGCUAGGCGUGUGCGCGCGGGACCCGUCGAUCCAAGGCUCUCGCACAGUCGAAGACGUGAAGAAAAUCGCACACCUCCAGAAGGAGUUAUUGUUAGCGGCCAUCGACUCCUGCGACGCCAAGAAGGCCGGCGUCGUCGUCUACUCGACCUGUUCGGUAUCUGUCGAAGAAAACGAGGCGGUCGUCCAGUACGCCCUGGACAAACGGUCCGUCAAAAUUGUGCCGAGCGAGGCGCUGGACUUCGCGCGGCCCGGGUUUCUCAGAUGCGGGUCGAGACGGUUCCACCCGUCCAUGGCGAAUGCGAGACGCUUCUAUCCGCACACGCACAACAUGGACGGCUUCUUCGUCUGCAAGCUGCGCGUUUUGGGGAAGAAGGACAAGAAGCGUAAAUCACGAGAUUAGUUACUACGUGCUAUGGGGAC